CUGGUUCAUAUGUAUCUGUAUGUGCUCAGAAGGUUAUAGAGCUACAGGACUUUUUCCACAUAAGGACAUAACAUGAGACGGCUGGAUCAGGUCAGUGGCCCAUCUAGUCCAGCAUCCUGUUCUCACUGUGGCCAGCCAGGUGUCUGUGGAAACGGGAUGCAGGUGCGCUGUGGUCUAAACCACUGACCCUCUUGGGCUUGCCAAUCAAUCCCCGGUUCAAAUCCCUGUGACGGGGUGAGCUCCUGUUGAUCUGUCCCAGCUCCUGCCAACCUAGCAGUUUGAAAGCAUGCCAGUGCAAGUAGAUUAAUAGGUACCACUGUGGCAGGAAGGUAAACAGCAUUUUUGUGCACUCUGGUUUCCUUCACCAUGUUCUGUUGUGCCAGAAGCGAUUUAGUGAUGCUGGCCACAUGACCCGGAAAGCUGUCUGGACAAAUUCCAGAUCCCUCGGCCUGAAAACAAGAUGAGCACCGCAACCCCAUAGUUGCCUUUGACUGAACUUAACCAUCCAAGGGAACUUUACCUUUUUACCUGUGGAAAUCCUGCAAGCUGGAGGGUUUGAAAUAUUUUCCUUGAAGCUUGAAUUUGUUUUAUUCUGGAGUGUUUGAUUCACUGUUUUAAUGUAUUGUGUUGUGGUAUUCUGAACAUGAUUUACGUAAUAAGGCAAUUGUGGUGUGUGUUCACCUGUGAUUCACAGCAACUGGUAUUCAAAGGCAUAUCCUCUUUUAAAGCUACCCAAGGAAAAAACCUGAGAUUUGAGGAGGCCUGGGGGAUGAUCACUCUAAGAAGAUAGACAGGGACUUGACCUAUGCUACCACCUCCCACUGUCCAUUUAAAACAGACCCCCAAGAAAUCUAGCUCCUGUUGAGUUUCCUUACACCAGCCUUCCCCACCUGGUGCUCUCCAGAUGGUAUGGAAUACAACUCCCAUCAUCCCUGACCAUUGGCCAUGCCAGCAAGGGAUGAUGGGAGCUGGAGUCCAACAACAUCUGGAGAGCACUGGGUUGGGGAAGGCUGAACAGUCCUCAGAAUGCUGAGCUUUUAUUGAAACGGCUUAUCUGAGUUUUAAGCGGCUGCAGGAAAGUAGCUUUCACUGGUGACCAAUAAAAGAUAGGGAAGGAAUGGGCGGAAAUAUAUCCCCCCCCCCACAGGAAUUGAUCCUGUACCGCUGAUGUAAAAGAGAGUAGGAGGAGCUCUCUCCAUCAGGGGGUGGAGCAAGCCAACAAGCCUUUAAGAAGGCACCUCACUGCUUUGGAGAAGAAGAGAGAAUCCUGUUGAGACAGAAGCAGAGCACUGACUGAGGACUCCCGACAGGUAAGGAGAAGGAAUCCUUGAGUCAUGCCUUCCCCAACCAGGUGCCAUCCAGGUGUUUGGGAGUAUAACACCUAUCCACUGAGAUUGAUGGGAGUUGUAAUCUAAGACAUCUGGAAGACGUCCAGUUGGGGAAGUCUACUCAUGAGUAGAUAGGGUUUUUUAGAUGCUAGAUCUAAAAGAUUCAGGCCAGGCAAAAGGGCAUGCUUCCGCAGAGUGCAGACUGAAACUGGGGGAUCUGUUCUGAUGGCCAUCAACGUGGCUUUAAAAAGGGGUUGGAGGAACUACAUGGAAAUAAGGCAAAUAAGAACUGUUUGACAAUGGAACCAUCUCCAUCAGAAGGUUGUGGACUCUCCUUCCUUGGAGGUGUUUAAGCAUAGGUUGGAUGGCCAUCUGCCAUGGAUGCUCUAGUUGAGAUUCCUUCAUUGCAGGGGCUUGGACUAAAUAACUCUUGGGGUCCCUUCCAACAAUUCUAUGAUUCUAAUGGCUACUACAAUCAUGGCAGUGGUGUGCUGUCUCUGGUAUUGAAGGCAGUGCCUCUUAACACCAGUUCCUGGGGCUGCCUAGUAGAGUUGCUUGCAGGCAUCUGGUUGGCCGGUGGUACAACUGGUGGGUCCUCAGACCACCAACUGGGAACCACUAGUUUAGAGUUUAAAGGCUAGCAAAUGCAUGAUGGCAUGAAUGUGUACAUUAGGUUAACAAAAGGUAGGUAAGCAGCAAUCCAGGCUAUGCAAUAGAACUUAAUCAGCUCCGUAAUUUAUUUGAUGCUGGGCAACACCCCCCCCCUAAAGUCCUCCUCUUACUAUCUUCCAAGUUCCAGGCAUGCACACCAAGGUACUUACCAGCCUGCUGCUGACCACCUUCAUAGCCGCAAGCCUCUUAAGAUCUGUGUCCACAUCCUAUCAGGGGGGUGGCAGGCUAAGCAGGCAAGCCAAGGCUGGACCACAACAGGAGAGGAUGCAGAGGAGCAGCAGUGGUGGUCCCAUCCGCAGGGAGUGGCCAGGACAUCUGUCUGAGGACCAGAAGGAUUUGGUCGCCCAGUUCCUGCCUUACCUCCGUACAGGUAGGAGAAACUGCACACACAUGCUUCUUGCAUUCUCAGUAAGACCUUUCCGGAUGAUCUUAGUGGAAGGCUGGGCUGCUUCAGAGCGAGAGAGGCACUCCCAAAGUGUGAAGAGAUCUAACAGGUGUGCAUCUCUCUCCGCCAAGCUGGCCAUGCAAAUGAAACUACAGGCAAAGCAUUAAAUAAAAUAUUUGCUCAGCCCUCCGUCUUGCUCCUCCCCACAUGUAUGGUAUUUAAUACAUGCAAGUAUGUAUUCAUGCAUUCACUCACCCCUCAUUAGUUUUAAUGGGGGGGGGGCUUAAAGUGUUAAAUGCAAAACCCGCUACAGGAUGAAGGAAGAGGUUUCUCAGCGACAUCUUAGAGGGUGCUGCCCAUCACUGUGCAGAGCUUUUGCUUCAAAUUUGCACUGCCAUUUUCCCCUCAGUCUUCAACCCUGGACAGGGAAGGCAGAUUUGAAGUGAGCCGAGUGGGGACCCUCCAAUCUGAAUGUAAACCUGCCUUCUUAUUGAUUGAACCAGGAGUGCCAGACCUGUGGUCCUCGGCUGUUUGGAUUCCCAUCAGCCUCAGCCAACAUGGCCCAAUGAUCAGGGGAGAUGAUGGGAACCAUACUUCCAAAAAGAUCUGGAGAGUCACAGGCAAACCACUCCCUGGCUUCAAUCUUUAAACUGUCUGGGUGGUUUUCAAGUGUUUCCAUACUGCUCUGAGAGAACAGUUUAAAACCUCUAACUUUUGGAAACUCGGGAUGCCAAAGAAGUACUUUGUGGUCUCCAUUGGUAGUGGAAUUGCCUCCAAAUUGCGAGAGAGAAAACGGUACAUUGUAUUAAUGAACUGAAUGUGACUAACUCGCUUGUUCUAAAAUGACAGCAGAGGGUAGGCAGUCAGAACUGGGGAUGCUGGAGGCAGAGACAGGGAGGGGAUUUUUUCCCCAGCCAUCUCCCCGCCCUGCCAGGGUCUUGAUGUAAAUCCCUUGCCCUGAAGCUGCUAUUAGCCCUAGGAGGAAAACUCCAGUAGACCCCACCAGCUCUUGAUGAUCUACAGAGAGUGGGCUGGCAGGACUGAGAUUGAGGGCAGGUUUUGCCAAUCCACCACCUGCCUUCAAGUUAAUCGCACCGUGUCUCUUCCCCAACUGCAGAAUUUGCUGGCAGGGUGCAGGACCCAGAGGCUCAUUACCCCAGCUGGAUGGACUUUGGACGGCGAAGCUCUGAGGACUUGGAAGGAGAGGCCUAAGUGACCCGUUUCCCAGGCCAAUCCAGGCGGGGAAGGAAGAGGCAGCGAUGCAGAUUCUAAAUAAGUUUUGAGCGUUUUGUAAAUGCCCAGACCCGUUCCUCUUGCGUGUCUGUGCCAAUAAAGCUGUGCCACUGCUA